AUGCCCACUCGCCAUGGAAGUUUGGUGGGUCUGGAUCACAUGGUGGAUGAGGUGACCACCGGAGUCGAGCCUCAUGUGGGGUACAAGAAGGUACUCGUCACUGGUGGGGCUGGUUUCAUUGGCAGCCAUGUUGCUGAAUUUCUUUUGGAACGUGGCGACGACGUGGUUACUGUUGAUGAAAUGAACGACUACUAUGAUGUGCGCAUCAAAGAAAACAAUCUUCAACAACUUCGUGCAAAGUACCCUGAGGAAGGUCGUCUCAAAAUUUUUAAAGCAGAUAUUUGUGACGAAGACGUCAUGUCCAAAAUCUUUGAAGAAGAGGGACCCACCUGGGUUUGCCACAUGGCAGCCCGUGCAGGAGUGAGGCCUUCGAUUCAGGAUCCCUAUGUCUACAUUCACAGCAACAUCAAGGGAACCACACACCUCAUGGAACUCUCGGCAAAGCAUGGAGUCAAGAACUUUGUCUUUGCUUCGUCCUCUUCGGUCUAUGGAGGUUCUAAGAGCACAUUCUUUUCCGAGGACGAAGUCGUGGAUAAUCCCUUCAUUGACCGUGUGAGCCGAGGUGUUGAAAUUCAGCAAUUCGGUGAUGGAUCUUCCUCUCGUGACUACACUUUCAUUUCAGACAUUGUCGAUGGCAUCGUCCGUGCCUUGGAUCGUCCCCACCCGUACGAAGUCUUCAACCUUGGCAAGGGCUCCGGCACUUCUCUCAAGGAGUUUAUUGACUUGGUUCAGAAACACACCGAGAAGGAUGCGGUCAUCAAGGUCAUGCCCGACCAGCCUGGUGACGUCCCCUACACUUGUGCUGAUGUGAGCAAGGCUCAUGCUAUGUUGGGCUACAAGUCCAAGGUGGCCUUUGAGGAAGGGAUCCGUCGCACUGUGAAGUGGUACAACGGUGCUUACAACGCCAAGGAACUGGAAGUCUGCCCUGAACUCCAGGCCAAUGGAAUGGGCCGUGCUCCAUCCAUGGUGAACUUGUCUCAGACUUGUUAG